AUGGAAACACUAUGCAUCACUGAUCUUCAUGUAGUUCUGCAAUUUGGUAGUCCAUCUGCUUCUGGUUUAGGCAAAACAAGUCUCAUUGGAUAUUUAUUUAAUGAUAAACGUCGUGAAUCUUUCUUUACUGAUAUAGCUGAUUAUUCAUGGAGAGAUGGUUGUGUGGAUGUUAUCUUUGCUGAUCAAUUUACUAUUUUUGAUAUCCAUGGUAAAGCAACAGAUAUCAGAUUAAUACAAUCAAUUCAACCUUACACUUAUGUUCAGAUUAUUUAUGUUACUCAAGAAGAUCUAAAUGGAGAUUUCUUAAAAUCAAAUGUUAUGCAAAUUGUUCCAAAUAUUCAAACUAUUAUAGUUGUUUUUGAUCAUAAUUAUGAUGAUAUUGAAUUAUCAACAAAGCUUAUUAAGCGUUUUGAAGAGAAAUUCACACAAUGGACUAAUAUAAAGUGGACAUCAGCACCAAUACUCAAUUCACACAAUAGUCUGCCAGCACGCAAGAUAGCACAACGAAAUAAGCGCUUGCGUGAAAAAUUUGAUCAAUUACUAACACAAAUUAAACCAGAUAUACAACAAUCAUUAUUUCGAAGUUGUUUUCAAAUUCAGUUGUCCUUCUAUGAAAAUAAAUAUUCUAAUCUAAAACCAAUCAAAAUUAUGUUCGAAAUUGAAACUGAACUUGAUCAUCUUUUUUCACAACUUUCUGAUAAAACAGAAAAUCUUCUUCUUGUUACACCUAUUAGUUAUCAACAAUCACAAAGUAAAAUAUCACGUGCAUCAUUGUAUGACUCGUUGAAACCCGAAAGACUUGUAUCAAAUUCUACAGUAAAUGAUGUUUCUCGAAAUAUUCAAACACCUAAUACAAUCAAUAAAUAUCAUGAAUUUACUAUUUCAUUACUUAAUCAUCGAACUUAUAUUGAAUUACUUAUGGUCGAAGCUUAUUUAGAAAAAUGGCGAGGGGCUUAUAUGCCAAGUUUGCGCAAAGAACAGGAAGUCUUACGUGAAAAGGCUUCAGUAAUCUCACGACAGUUGAAACAGACCGAACGAGAAAACUCAACAUCAUCUGAAGCAACUAGCUUGCGUCAACAAUAUGAAACAUUACUUACUGAUCUAAGAGAUAUUGAUAGACGUUUAAUGAAUGUUGAUUUAACAUUUGGUUUAUUUUGUGAUGAACUAUUUUCUCUAUGGGAUAAUAUUCAUAAAACACGAUCGUCGAGCGAAAUAAGAAAACUUCAAAACAAAUUCGAUCUUGUUGCUACUAAAUUAGCAGAACUUGUCUACAAAGGUUUUGCUUUACACAUUCUUCGUGGUCGACCUUUACAAAGUCAUAGUCAAUUGUUAAAAAUGUGCAUGGAAAAAUUGAAUUUUGGAGAUUCUGUCGCCAUUCUAACUGUUAUUGGAGAACAAUCAUCGGCUAAGUCAUCUUUACUUAAUUCAACAUUUGGUUGCAAUUUUCAUGUUAGUGCUGGACGUUGCACCAUUGGUUUAUAUCUAGGUCUUGCAUAUUAUAAAAAUAUGUCUAUUAUCAUUCUCGAUACUGAAGGACUCAUGUCAUUAGAAGAAUCAGGAUCAAUUUUUGACAAUCAAAUAGUCACAAUGGCUGUACUUUCUUCCAAUCUCGUACUUGUCAAUCAUAAAGGUGAAAUAAGUUCGAGUCUUGAAGAUCUUAUUGGUAUGAGUUUAUAUGCUAAAAUUCAAAUUCAAAGUUCACCCUUCAAACCACAACUUUUAUUUGUUUUACGUGAUCAAACUCAACGAGACAUGAAAAUUUUUCAACAACAACUGAAUAAAUUAAAGGACAAUAUUCAAACAAAUGGACAAUUUCUACAAAUGUCUAUUGAUGAUGAACUUGAAAUGAAACAUAUUGUUCUUAUGCCUGGAGCAUUUACAGAAGAUACUAAUCGUGAUUAUGGUAUUGUACAAAAAUGGCGUACAGAAACAUUUUCUAUGGAAAUUAAUAAACUUCGUAUGAAUGUAUUUCAAAACCUUGAAGAACAAAUGAAUGAAACAGUAAAUAUGACUUUUCCUCCACGAAACUCAUCGAAUUUUAUGAAUCUACGUAAAAAUUUUGGUGUUUCUUUGUAUUCAAAAUUAACAACGAAUUGGAAAUCCAUUGAUGAUCUUGGAGAAGGUUUACUUCGUUGUCAGAGCCUAUAUGAAUUAAGUGUUCAAAAUGAACUUAAAUCUAUUGCUGCUAGUAUUAUUGUCGAACGACAAAAUCAACUACAAAGAAUAGGAAGUGAUUUAAUUGAAAAGUUGAUAAAAACAAAUGAUCAACUAAUGUAUACGAAUUUAAACACAAGUAAAAAUUUACAACCACAUGUUUGGCUUCAACAAAUUGUCAUAAAAGGAAGUACAGAAUUAAGUAAAAUUAUUGAUGAACAAAGUGAAGAUGCUUUAAAAGAUUAUGAAGAACAAACACAACAUAGUUACUUUAAAUAUAUGAAAAAUCAUGAAAAAACUAUUAAAUCUAGUAUUAAAAAUAUGCAACAAUAUCUAUAUGAACAACUUGAAAUGCGUGCUUUAGAAACAGCAUUAAAAACAAGACAAGACUAUUAUCGACGAGAAUUACUCAAUAUAAAAAUUACCAUAAAAACACUCGAUGAAUUUUCUAUGCGAUUGAAUCAACGUGUUCAAGAACUCACAAACGAAAUCACUGAUAGUCUUCAAGCAUAUAAAAGAAGUAAAGAAACUAUUACAAGAUCUAUUUUAGAUGUAUAUAAAAAUGUUAUUCGAACUAAAAAUGAAAACAAACAUCGUAAUAGUACUUAUAAUUUAUGUCCGCCGCUUGACUACAAUAAAUAUAUUGAAAUAGUUCAAGAACUCGAUGUUAUUAUUAAUAAAUAUGUGAAUAAAUACAUUGAACAGAGUAGACGUGAUAAUUUAUCACUAGUAACUAUUUCUCCUCGGUCACCUUUCAUGACAUCUAUGAAUAUAUCACCUUUUGCUAUUCCACUUGAAGGUCAAAAUGUAGUUCAUUGGUUUAAUAAUUUCAAUGAACCAAGGAAGAAUCAACAAACAAUACAUUUUAUUUUUAGUGUACUACUUAAUCGAAUUAGCGAUCGACUUGAUAUAUCUCCUUUACAUUUGGCAUAUUCAGAUCCAAAAAUGAUAGAUGAACUUAUUGAAAUUAUCGAUUAUGAACUUCAUUCGGCCAAAUUAGAUUUUAGUCAUAUUUACAGACCUGCAUUGAUUCGUGAUCUUAUUAUAUUUACCUUACAUAUACUUGUUGAAAAAACAAAUCAACGAUUUGAACUAAAAUUAAAUCAAUUAUUAACUGAAACACUUAGUGAUCUUAAUCAAGUAAAAGAAAAUCUUCUUGAACAAAUGAAUAAAGAUGAAAAAGUCAUUAAUCAAGCAAAAAUUUUUCGUCGCAUAAUUGGAAAAGAAAUUAUUCACGAAUUAAGACGAAUAAAUCGACAAAAAUUAAUUGAAGAGAUUCGUACAAAGUUUAACACAUAUUAUUCACUCCAUCCGACUGAUAUUACUCAACAAAUGUAUUUAGAAAGUAUUGCUUCACAACCAAUUAAUCCUUUAGCUAUAUUGAAGUUCAUCUCAGAUCCAAGUUAUUUUUGUUACCAACAUAUUUAUUUGACUGUUAAGAAUUUUUCUCAAGAUCUCAUUAAUAUGUAUUCGGAUGAUGUUACUACAAAAUUCAUUGCCUAUAUGUUAAUGAUGACAGACAUAGUCUUGAACAACGAAUGUACUGACACUUAUACAUUACACAAACAAAUACUUCAAGAGAUUGCUUCUGCAAUAUCCGAUUUUCAAGCUUCAAGUACAAUUGAAAUCGAACAAAAAAUUGAAAAUCCAGAUCAAUUUAAAGAAUAUUUUAACAAUUUUACUUUAUUUGAAGGCGAAACAGAUAAUGUUCUAUUACAACAAUUGGCUAAGGUUCGAGAAGAAUUUAGUCAAACUAUAACUCAUGAAUGUCUUGAAACAUUGCUCUAUCAAUUAGUCGGUUGUACAUCACGUUGUCCUGGUUGUGGCAUCAAAUGUGAAUUACCAGCCAAAAUGGAUCCGUUUGAAGAACAUCAUCAUUGUAGUCAACAUCAUCUUCCUAUGGCUUUUAAUGGAUGGCCUCGUAAUGAACAAUAUCAUCCACAUUUAUCUAUGUGCUAUCAACAAUGGAAAACUAAAACAUUGUUUCGAGAUGAUAAUACGAUGUCUACUCCAGAAGAAUUUUUUUCAUCAGAAGCAUCUGAUUGGUAUAAAGAUGUUCAGGAGAAAAGCCAAACAGGAGAAGCCCAUUUAGAACGUUAUCCUCUAAUUGAACAACGUCGUGCAUGGAUGGCUGUACGCUAUAAAUUGCUCAAAGAAUUUGGACUACAAGAUCAAGAAAGCUAUCAUUCGGGUAUUUAUCCAACAAAUAUUGUGAGUGUGCCGAAUGAUACUGAAAUAUUAUGGAAACCAUUGUGA